AAACUGUGCAGCAAGAACCUCCCCUCCCCCAGUUGCAGCGCGACAUGUUACAGACUUGCUAAGGGAACCCGACACGUGCAAGCGAGAGUGUAAGCAUAUACAUACAUAGACAUACACAUAGCACAGUAGCACGGCCAAAACAGCACACACGCAGACCAGACUAAAAGGAAUAGCAAUGGGUCGCACACAGCGCCGUCGUCGUCGCCGCCAGGCCACCGAAUCUCCAACUGUUGACUCCGCCAAGAACAAGUCGAACAGCCUGCCUCAACUCUACGUGCAGCUGCUUGCCCGGAACUGGCAGAACUCUACGCAAUUAUCAGGCCACUCGUAUGCCAAGACUGGGCGCGGGCUCUGCUCAAAGCGUCGGUCGUUUGUGGCUGGGGACGAGUUGAUCCGCCUGCCCGUUCACUGUCUCAUAAGCAUAGCCACCCUGGAGGCAGACGAGGCGUUCAAAGGUCUCUUCAAUAAGGAUCUAUUCGACAAGGAUGCACGCAUUUCGUUUCAGGCCCUGAUUGCCUGCUACCUGAUGCAUGAGCAGCACUUUCACGAUUGUUCACAAACCUCUGAUAUUGGUGUUUAUCUGGAUACGCUGCCCAGAAGCUACACCACGCCUUACUUCUGCACCAUACCCGAAUUGCAGUGCCUGCCAGAGUGCCUGCUCGAGCGCACAGUGGCCCAGAACCGACAGAUACGCGACUAUUACGAAAUACUCAAGACCCUGGUGGGAUCCCAGUGCUGUGAAUGCUGCGGCCAGAGAUACUUCCAAAAUAUAUGGACCCUGUCGGAGUAUCGAGUGGCCUACUUUGCCGUAAACACUCGCAGCGUCUACCUCAAUUCGCGCAUGCUGGAACUGCAGUCAAGCAAGAGUCACUUUCAGCCUCUCCUGAGCGGAAGUACAAACCUAGCAUUGGCUCCGCUCCUGGAUCUGUUCAACCAUUCGGACGCAGUGCAGACAACUGCCGAGAUCCAGGGAGAGGACUUUGUGCUAACACUAAAUGGCCCGCCCACAGCUGAGAUCAAGCCCUACGAGCAGUUGUACAUCAGCUAUGGCGCUCUGACUAACCUCAAGCUGUUGACCGAGUACGGCUUUUGGCUGAAGGGCAAUGCCCACGACUACUUUGAAGUGUCAUUGCUGGACAUUGAGCACAUGAUCAAACACAACAAAACGCUGGCCACGCAGACCUACCAUCGCAACAUCUUCAAGUUCAUCAGGGAGCACAAUCUGAGCGAUCAAAUGUUUGUGCAUCUCGACGAUGGAUGCUCGCACAACCUGCGCGUGGUCCUCCAUUUGAUCUUCAAGCAACAGGCCUACUUUCCCAAUGUGCUCAAUCAGAUUGCCUUUGGCGAUGUCCAACAAUUCGACGAUGUGCAGCCUGAACUGGCCUAUUUGGUGGCCCACAAGAUCAGCGAGUAUCAGUUAUUUGCGGGGGAAUUGGACAAGCUGCCGCAGCUGACAGAGAGCGGUGCAGUGGCCCGGUCCUAUCUGACGGAGUGCAUCCGAUAUCUAAACGAAUUUGAGGCGGUGCAUUGUACCGGCAUCUAAAAGUAGCCUAUCCUAAGAUUCGAAUAAACUUUACUCGUCGCUGGCCAGUGCUGACGAUGCUGAUAAUGCAAAACGAAAAAAGGUCACGCCCUUUACACCCACGC